CACCGUGUUCGCCAUGCCGUCGCUCGCUCCCGACAGUGCUGCCGGCCUGCAGUCUCACACCAGCCGCAAUGGCGUCUGGAAAGUGACCACGCGGAAGCAACCCAUCCUCAAAGCCGAUCCGAUUGAAGAGCUGCACAAAGACGUUGGAAUCCCGAUCCCAGAAAUGAUCUUUGGCGACAACUUCGUUGCAAUCACGCACUUGAAGUCUGGCUGGACUCUGGAUUUCAACGCGCGCGAUGCACUGGACCGUGUGAGCAAGACGGAAGAGGGCAUGCUUCAAGUCGCCGUUGCAGAGGAGUGGAAGAAAGAGCGAUCGCACCAGCAGGAGGUCAAGCAAGUGGUGAAGCCAUUUGACUGGAGUUACAGCACGGACUUUAAGGGAACGACACAUCUUGGAGAUGCAAAAGGAGAGUGGCAGACCUCAUCACAGACCAAGGAUCCCAUUCGGACAGAUUUGCUCAGUCGGCAGGAUCCCAUUGAAUUCUUCAACGAGGUUGACCUUUUCGAGGACGAAUUGGCAGACAAUGGAAUUGCGAUAUUGAACAUCAAAAUUCGAAUGAUGCCGGAUCGAUUACUGCUGCUCAGCAGGUACUUCCUUCGACUGGACGGCGUUAUCGUACGACUUCGGGACACGCGAGUGUACGUCGAGCACGGUUCGAACAAGGUCAUUCGACAGUUCACAUCGAAGGAGGAGAAGUACGAAGUGAUUCAGGAGAAGCUC